GUGAGACGAGGCUGCAGGUGCUGACUAGACAGUGAAAUUGAAAUCGGGCAUGGUGGAGCAAGGCAACACGACAGGACAUUCACCGCAACGGUCGAGGCCGGUGUGGUCGCAUCUCGCACCGUGUUAACAUGUGAAGUGCCUGGAGGGGGCAAGAGCGUCCCGCGCUAACGUGCGUCUGGAGAUCGGUCAGGCACAGGGGUCUGCGGGAUAAGCGAGAUUGGGCAGUCCGAGCACUGCCUCCUUCUAGAGCGCGCGCAGCAGACGCCCAUCUUUUGUCUCACGCCUCUGCUCUUCUUCUCUCCCUCUCCCGCCAAGUACUAGACGGACGUUGCUGCUUGCCGGAUGCUUGAUUCGUACCUCUUUUAAUACCUUAUCUCUACACCGUUAUCGCGACUUCGGCUCUCUUUCACCAACACAGCCCGUGCACGACGCUCCCCCGAGGGAAAGGAGACAGAGAACAACAACAGCAACCAUGCGGAGAGGCGUCACCAUUUUCCUGCUCGUCACCAUUGUCGUCCUCGGCUUCGCAGUGCACAGCGUAUGGACACUGCUCGGUCUUCUGAUCGCUUCUGGUCGCGAAGAUGCUAUUCUCCGCGGAGAGCUCCCUGCGCCCAACUCGAGCGCUAUCAAUGAGACGCCGCAAUUGAUUCCCAAGAUCAUUCACCAGACGUACAUCAACGAGAGCAUACCGGCGCACUGGAAGGGCCCUCAACAGAGCUGCUUGGAUCUCCACCCCGACUACGAGUACAAGCUGUGGACCGACAAGAAGUCGCGCGAGUUUAUCGCUGCUGAAUACCCAUGGUUCCUCGAGACUUUCGACGGCUACCCGUACCCCAUUCAGCGCGCUGAUGCCAUUCGAUACUUUGUUCUGCACCACUUUGGUGGAAUCUACAUUGACCUGGACGAUGGAUGCAACCGCAGCCUCGACCCUCUUCUCGCCUACCCAGCCUGGGUCCGCCGCACAAUCCCCACCGGAAUCUCCAACGAUGCCAUGGGCGCCGUUCCCCGCCACCCCUUCUUCCUCAAGGCCAUUGACUCUCUGACCGACUACAACCGUCGCUGGCCCCUCCCCUACAUCACCGUCAUGGCAUCCACCGGUCCCCUCUUCUUAUCUCUUGUCUGGCGCCACUACAACAACGCUUCCCCCGUCGACGAAAACCGUGUCCGCAUUCUCUUCCCUGAGGAAUACAACAACCACCCUUGGUCCUUCUUCACCCACCACCUUGGCAACAGCUGGCACAGGACAGACGUCAAGAUCAUUUUCUGGCUCGCCAAGCACUGGUUGCUGGUCACGAUCCUUGGAUUCGUGGUUGGCUUCACAAUCUUGGGUAUGCUGUACAAGUUCUUUGUGCUCAACAAGCGAUCAACUGGCCCCGGCAGCCCGAAGAUGCGCCUCUUCAACCAGAGGAUGCCAUUUUACCGCCGCAUCAGUCAGAAGAGAAGCUUCGAGCUGGACGAUCGCCAUGAGGUUUAAGAAGGGAACUGUUGAGAACAGUUUUGCGCAUUGCAUUGUUUGAGCGUUAUGUCCGUAUCACGUGUCU